CCCAACACAACACCUGUCAACACAACAGACAAGAUGGCCUCCGCCUCCAUGACCAUGGCCGCGGCCCCCGCGGCCCGCACCACCAGCCUCAGGAACUCCAAGUUCCACGGCGCCAAGGUUGCCCCCAUGCGCGCCGUGAAGGCUGCCGCCGUCGACACCGGCAUCAAGGCUGCGGGCAAGUCCCUCGACGGCCGCAAGCUCCGCGUCGCCGUCAUCGGCGGCGGCCCCGCGGGCGCCUGCGCCGCGGAGACCCUCGCCAAGGGCGGCUGCGAGACCUUCCUCAUCGAGCGCAAGAUGGACAACUGCAAGCCCUGCGGUGGCGCCAUCCCCCUGUGCAUGGUUGGCGAGUUUGACCUCCCCGAGGAGAUCAUCGACCGCAAGGUGACCAAGAUGAAGAUGAUCUCCCCCUCCAACCGCGCCGUCGACGUCGGCCAGACCCUCAACGACAAGGAGUACAUCGGCAUGUGCCGCCGCGAGGUCAUGGACGAUUUCCUCCGCAAGCGCGCCAAGUCCCUCGGCACCAACCUCGUCAACGGCCUCUUCAUGAAGCUCGACGACCCCGGCCAGGGCAACGGACCCAUCACCAUCCACUACAACGACUACGAGGCUGACGCCAAGGUUGGCGAGCCCAAGACGAUGGAGGUGGACGUCGUCAUCGGCGCCGACGGUGCCAACUCCCGCGUCGCCAAGAACAUCGACGCCGGCGAGUACGACUACGCCAUCGCCUUCCAGGAGCGCAUCAAGAUUCCCGACGAGAAGAUGGACUACUACAAGGACCUCGCCGAGAUGUACGUCGGCGACGACGUCUCCCCCGAUUUCUACGGCUGGGUGUUCCCCAAGUACGAUCACGUCGCCGUCGGCACCGGUACCGUCGUGAACAAGACGGCGAUCAAGCAGUACCAGGCGGCCAUGCGCAAGCGCGCCGAGGAGAAGUGCGCGGGUGGUAAGAUUAUCCGCGUCGAGGCGCACCCCAUCCCCGAGCACCCCCGCCCCCGCCGCGUGCAGGGCCGCGUGACCCUCGUCGGCGACGCCGCGGGAUACGUCACCAAGUGCUCCGGCGAGGGCAUCUACUUCGCCGCCAAGUCCGGCCGCAUGGCUGCCGAGGCUGUCGUCGAGCGCUCCCAGAACGGCACCAAGGAGGUUGACGAGUCCGACCUUCGCGUGUACCUCGACAAGUGGGACCGCAAGUACUGGGCCACCUACAAGGUUCUCGACAUCCUCCAGAAGGUGUUCUACCGCUCCAACCCCGCCCGCGAGGCGUUCGUGGAGAUGUGCGCCGACGAGUACGUCCAGAAGAUGACCUUCGACUCCUACCUCUACAAGACUGUGGUGCCCGGCAACCCUCUCGACGACGCCAAGCUCCUCGGCAACACCAUCGCCUCCAUCGUCCGCGCCAACGCGCUCCGCGCGGCGGGCAAGGCGCAGGUGAACAUGUAAAUCCGCGUUUUCGAACAAUUGAUUUACGCGUUAGCGCAUUUUUUGGAGGGUGUUGAGGCUCGGUCCGGGGCGAUGGCGAGGCGCUGUCGUCCGCACGCGGGCGCGAGCGGGGCGGGGCGGCGGCGGAUAUUUUGUCCGCCGCUCCGCAAAACUGUAACUGUUCUUCUGUUAGGUCUUCGUCCACGCGAUAUGCCGUGGAUUGAAAUGAAAGUUUAACAACUUUUUUCGUCA